AUGAAGAUACGGGCAUUGUCCGCGCAACUCCUGUUUCAGCCUCUACUUCCUCCUCUUUCUCUUGGAUUCACUUUUAAACCUUCUUUUCUAACUCCAAUCAAACACUCCCCUUCGCACUCUUCAUUCAUCCUAUGUUCACGUUCUUCUUCGCAUUCAGUUAAGUUUCGUCCCUCUUUUGUAACGGUUACACAAACCCAUGGGGUUGUUAUUGAAGACGGCGACACCAAACCAGACUUCGUAAAUAACGACGAAAACGAACUGGGCUUUGUUAACAUUGGGUACAUAUCCAGUGUUCAUGGUAUUCAGGGAGAGAUUCGCGUCAAACCAGCCACUGAUUUUCCUCAACUACGAUUUUCCACUCCUGGCAGAAGAUGGCUGAAGAGCAAGGUUUUGGGUGGAGAAAACAUUGAAGAAGUUGAGCUGGAGGAAGGUAGAGAGCACCCUGGACUCAAAAGUUGGAUACUCAAAUUCAGAGGAAUUGACACAGUGGAACAGGCUAAGAUGCUUAUUGGUGCUACCUUGCUUGUGACGAAAGAAGACAGGCCGGAAUUAGAGGAGGGUGAAUUUUACACACAUGAUCUGAUAGGGAUGAGAGUUUUUAUGAAGGAAAAUGGAACACUUGUGGGAACUGUUAUGAAUGUUUUCAAUAGUGGAGCCAAUGACCUACUACAAAUUGUACUUGAUUCAUCUUUUGAUAUGCUUAAUACAAGUGGCAAGUCAAAGUCCGCAGAAAUAGAUGUAUCUGGUCAGCUUGUUUUGGUGCCUUUUGUCGAAGCCAUUGUUCCAGAUGUUGAUAUGAAAAGAAGAGAAAUGCAUAUAACACCACCUAAGGGACUUCUGGAAUUAAAUUUACGAUUUGAUGAUAGGUCCAAAAAAGAAAGGCGCCAACUUGAAUGGAAAGAAAGAAAAAAAUUUCAAAAGCGUCUAAUAGCAGCAAAAAAGAAACUCUAUGAAAUGGAGCAACAACAUGUAUUUCAUGGAUAUCAAUUUGGAGAGAAAGAUCAAUGGAGCUUGCUUAGUGAUCAGAUUGUUAGUGUAAACUCCAAAUUGCUCCAGGAGGCUUUACAAAGUCUAGAACGUCCCGCAAAGAGAUGGAAAGUGGCUGAGUUGGUCAGGGCCUUAGAAGCAAAGAUAAUAAAUUCCAUCCAAAUAUCAGAGGAAUAUUUCUCAAACGGAAGUGAAAAUAAGUUGGUUAGAGAUAUGCAAGAGAAGGGACUUAAGCUCAUGUCUGAGGGAAGAAUGGCUACUGUCUUUCUCUUGAAUGAAAAAGAGCAUCAGGGGAGCAUUUGUGACUCUAAGAUGGUAGAAAAUGAAGUAAUUGACAAUUUAGUUCUUCGCAUGUUUCAAAAGGUCAAAGAUCGUUUUUCUGUGCCUUUAAUUUUGGUUUCUUCAACCCAACAAAUUCAGUCUUUAAAAGAUCUGUUCACAAGCAACAAUUACUUCGCUUUUGACUCUGAAAAGGUAUGGUUUUUGGAGGAAGAGAAGCUGCCAAUAGUUAGCAGCUUGCCUGAAGGACAGAACAAAUAUAAGAUUCUAAUGAAAUCACCUUGGGAAAUACUCCAAUCUCCUGCUGGAUCUGGAGGACUUAUUAGCUUGUUAUCAAAACAUAGCAUUGCAGAUCAUCUUUUUGACAUGGGUGUUGAGUACAUUGAGUUAUGCUGCCCAAGUGAAAAAAUUGCUUGUGGAAACUCACUGCUUCUUGGGAUGAUUAACUCACGGGAAGCCAAAAUCGGGAUGCAAAUUUCGUUUAAGAUGGCUGAUUCGGAAAAAUAUUUUGACCUGAUAUUGUCAACGGACGUCGUGAAGAAGUUAAUGAAGCAAAGCAACAAACUCCAAUUUGAUGCAAUCCCAAGGGCACAUUCCUUUGUUGAGAAAGUUGACAAAGAGUGGGUUACUGUCCCCUCAUCGUCCACCCCCAAUUCAUUUGAGCUCUCUUGUAGUAUAUAUAGUUCCUUAAACUCAUGUUCGUUGGAUAAGGUUUGUAUAGUGGAGGUUAGAGAAUAA